AAGGCACAACUCGUGGCAUCGCGUGCUGUUGCGGGUUUGGUUACAUGUGAUGGUGUAAAAAUCCCGCCAUCUCCGCGCUUCUCAUCGCUACCAGUUGUUGUGGAUAGUCAGUUUUGGAUAUUAAUCUGUUAUUACUCGUAUCGUGUGCACUUCAAGCGGCACGAAGGAAAAUGUGAUAACGCUGAAGCUAUCUACGCGUCUUCUGAAUGUUUUGUUCCUUACAUCGCGAGUUAAUAAUAAUUUCACAUCGGACCACAUCGGACGGAUCUUGUAGCCGCGUGCGUGGGUAAACUCAAACGCUAACCAUGGCAAACGUGUCUCUCGAUAAAGAUAUGUUCUUCCGGCGCAUGAAGCGUCUGUAUGCCGCGUGGAAGGAUGGAGAGAUCGACAACGAUGACAGUUUCAGUAAAAUGGACUGCCUCGUUUCUGCUGUUGGCACUGAUGAGGAUAUCGUUUACAGCAAAUCCACAGCGUUGCAAACAUGGCUGCUCAGCUAUGAACUUACAGAUACAAUAAUGAUUUUGACAGAGGAAUCGAUUAACUUUUUGGCCAGCAAAAAGAAGAUUGAAUUUUUGAGAAAGGUGGAAAAUCAGAAAACUGAGGAUACUGAUGUACCAGCUGUAACGUUAUUUGUGAGAGAUAGAAGCGAUGAAGAUAAAGCGAAUUUUGCAAAACUCAUUGAAGUGAUGAAGCAAAGCAAAAAAGGUAAAACUUUGGGAGUAUUUUCGAAAGAAAAUUAUCCAGGUGCCUUUAUGGAUGCGUGGAGAGCUGCUUUAAAAAGUGAAUCCUUUGAUACAAUCGAUGUGAGUGCUGCAGCUGCAUACGUCAUGUCUCCAAAGGAGGAUAGCGAGAUACUUACUAUAAAGAAAGCUUGUUUAAUAUCUGUGGACGUUUUUACAAAAUAUCUUAAAGAUCAGAUAAUGGAGAUUAUAGAUUCGGAUAAGAAAGUUAAACACUCAAAAUUGGCGGAAGGCGUAGAUACAGCUAUCACAAAUAAAAAGUAUGUAACUGGAGUGGACGUCACGCAGGUAGAUAUGUGUUAUCCCGCAAUCAUACAAAGUGGUGGAAAUUAUUCGCUUAAGUUUAGCGCUGUCAGUGACAAAAAUACUACCCUUCAUUUUGGUGUCAUUAUUUGUUCAUUGGGGGCACGUUACAAAUCCUAUUGUUCGAACAUAGUGAGAACUUUGUUAGUUAAUCCUACAAAGAUCAUUGAGGAAAAUUAUAACUUUUUGUUACAACUUGAAGAGGAGAUCUUGAAGAAACUUGUUGCGGGAACAAAAAUAAGUGAAGUAUACGAGACUGGUAUCAAAUUUGUAAAAGACGAAAAACCAGAAAUGUUGAAUCACUUAACGAAAAAUUUUGGAUUUGCUAUGGGCAUUGAAUUCAAAGAAAGCUCUUUACUAUUGGGCCCUAAAACUAAUGCAAUAGCUAAGAAGGGCAUGGUGUUUAAUGUUAACGUUGGUCUCGCAAACCUUCUCAAUACAGAUGCAACGGACAAGGAAGGAAAAACAUACGCCCUUUUCAUAGGCGAUACAGUUAUAGUAAAUGAUGGCCAACCUGCUACUAAUUUAACCCCCUCGAAGAAAAAAGUGAAAAAUAUCGGAAUAUAUGUAAAAGACGAUGAAGAUGAUGAUGAAGAAGAAGAAAGCGGAAAGGAAAACGGAACGAAACCGGAGAUCCUGGGACGUGGGAAAAGGACAGCUGUGAUAGAGUCUAAAUUGAGAACAGAACAUAGCUCGGAGGAGAAAAGGAAGCAGCAUCAAAAGGAAUUGGCUCAACAGUUAAACGAGAUAGCCAAGGCGCGAUUGGCCCAGCAGUCUGGCGGUAAGGAGGAGGAGAAAAUACGCAAGUCGACAAUAUCUUACAAAAAUCUGAGUCACAUGCCACGCGAACCAGAGGUGAAAGAGUUGAAGUUGUAUGUGGAUAAGAAGUAUGAGACUGUGAUUCUACCUGUUUCUGGUAUCCCGGUGCCCUUCCACAUAUCAACAAUCAAGAACAUUUCGCAGUCGGUAGAAGGGGAUUAUACUUAUCUUAGAAUAAACUUUUUCCACCCCGGCGCAACAAUGGGACGAAAUGAAGGUGGCUCUUAUCCACAGCCCGAUGCGACCUUCGUUAAAGAAGUAACAUAUCGAAGCACAAACACCAAAGAGCCCGGCGAAAUCUCCGCGCCUUCGUCAAAUUUGAAUACAGCCUUCAGAUUGAUUAAAGAAGUUCAGAAGAAGUUCAAAAAUCGAGAAGCGGAGGAAAGGGAGAAGGAAGAUCUUGUAAAACAGGACACCUUAAUAUUGUCGCAAAACAAGGGCAAUCCAAAAUUGAAGGAUUUAUACAUUCGACCAAAUAUUGUUACGAAAAGGAUGACGGGUGGAUUGGAAGCGCACACAAAUGGAUUCCGGUACACAUCGGUCCGCGGCGAUAAAGUCGACAUUCUUUAUAAUAACAUUAAAAACGCCUUCUUCCAGCCAUGCGAUGGUGAAAUGAUUAUUCUGCUUCAUUUCCACUUGAAACAUGCUAUCAUGUUUGGUAAAAAGAAACACGUCGAUGUACAAUUUUAUACAGAAGUUGGAGAAAUCACUACAGAUUUAGGCAAGCACCAACACAUGCACGAUCGUGACGAUCUCGCUGCUGAACAAUCGGAACGAGAGCUGAGACAUAAAUUGAAAACUGCUUUCAAGAGCUUUUGUGAGAAGGUUGAAGUGAUGACGAAACAAGAGAUUGAAUUUGAUACGCCAUUCCGGGACUUGGGAUUCCCUGGUGCACCGUACAGGAGCACUGUUUUGCUACAGCCGACUAGUGGAUGUCUGGUUAAUCUCACAGAAUGGCCUCCAUUUGUCAUCACACUGGAAGAUGUUGAAUUGGUUCACUUCGAGAGAGUACAGUUUCAUUUAAAGAACUUUGACAUGAUUUUUGUCUUCAAAGAUUAUCACAGAAAAGUAGCAAUGGUGAAUGCCAUUUCUAUGAACAUGCUGGAUCAUGUCAAGGAAUGGUUAAAUUCAUGUGAUAUUCGGUAUUCGGAAGGUGUCCAGUCUUUGAAUUGGACAAAGAUUAUGAAGACUAUAACCGAUGAUCCCGAAGGAUUCUUCGAUAGCGGCGGCUGGACAUUCUUGGAUCCUGAAAGUGAUGCUGAAAAUGAAGAAGCCGAAGACGAAGACGAGGAAGAGGAUGAUGCAUAUGAGCCGUCUGAUAUGGAAAGUGAGGAAGAAUCUGAUGAUGACACAGAAUAUUCCGAAGCUUCUGAAGAUAAUGAUAGCGAAGAAUUGGGCAGUUCUGAGGAAUCUGGAAAAGAUUGGUCAGAUUUAGAACGAGAAGCGGCUGAAGAGGACAAAGAAAGAGUGGACGAGCGUUACCGCGACGAUUACAGUGGUGCUGGUAAGAAGAAAUCAAAGCAAUCCCCAGCUCCUUCAAAAGACAGACGCAACUCUAAGCACAAAAGCUCUUCGAAUUCAAGAAGCAAAAGUUCGUCCAGCAGUAAGGACAAACGGUCACCGGACAAACACAGAACGGAUCGAUCACGGAGUGGGGGCUCGCACAAGAAAGGGUCUCCUUCCAAAUCGUCCAGACACAGCCCCAGAAAGAGUGAUAAACAUGAUAAGCGCGACAAAAGUAAGUCGUCGCAUUCUUCAUUCAGUAAAAAACGUUCUCGCGAGGAAAGUUCGGAGAGGCACGAUAGGUCUAAGAGAUCCAGGAAGUAAAUACGAAAAUUCUACGCUAAGAAAGAAGCACACGAGAAAUCACCACAAAUACCAUGAUUCUAAGGAAAGCUUUCUUAUUUAAGGCAUAGUAAUUAGCUAGUUUAUAAGAAUAGUACAUUCUCUUGCAUAAAACGAGCAAAGCAGAAAAAAUCACACGGUGUUACAUGAUUGUUUAUCAUUGUUUCAAAUGUCUUGUUUGAGUAUUUGACCUUUGUAUACAUCUAGUUUUUAUUUCAAUAUGCAAUAAGUUUCACUUACGGUACUGAUAUACAUUAAUAUCCUGCAACCACAUUUCUAAAUGAGCUUUCAAAUGUACAUAAUGAUAAAAUUUUAUAUGAAGUUAGAAUAUGUAGGAAUGAAUGUACGUUGCAUAUAUUUCAAUUUUAGUAUUCCUCUCAGAAAAAAAAUAGGAAAAGAGGAGAUACAACUUUUUUUUUUCAUUUGUUUUGAUAUUUUGUAGUUCUUGCGUCUUCGAUACUAAUAUAGUUUUCCUAAGAUUAAGUAUAUCUCAUUCCAUUUCGUAUUCGGUAAUAUAAAAGUUGCGCUUUAAAUACAAAUAAGUUUUCGAUAACAUGUGUAGCGUAAAAACGACGAAUUAAUUGAAGUUCUUUCUUUCGUAAAGGAACAAUUUAAAAAAUUGUUUUCGAAUAAUUGAAAGGUAUUCACCUUUGUGUCUAUGUGAUUAAGAAAUGUUACAUAAUAAAGAACAGCAUUGAUGCAAGAAUUUUGAAAUAAAUCGUCAUGGAUGGCGAAGAAAAUAAUUGUAAAAAUGCAAGACAAUGUACUAGUAACAAAUAAGAUUCAUAUAACGUUCUACGGACCCUGACAAAACUUUUCUUGGUGCUUACUAAAAAUUGAUUUUUUUUGUGUAUUUUGAAGUGAUUUUAUAAUUGGGUUUAUAAUCAAUAUUACAAAAUUCGUGUCUCAUGUAACAAAACGAUAUCUUACUCAAUUGUUUCUACUCGCUUUGAUAACUCGAAGAUGCAAAAAUCACACUCACCUGCAGUUCACGUCCAUGCAUUAUGCGUAUGCUGAAAAACGAAGGAAUUAUUGAUUUAAAAGAUAAAGAGAGAAAUGUAUCCUAGAAGUUGCCCAAAACUCAUUUGUAUAGUUUUCAGAUCUGUACUUUGAAUCUGAACUUUGUCUGAAAUAAAACCGUUUUUAAGUUAUU